AAAAUAGCGUCACGAAAAUCAGCGGCGCGCGCGCACGCGAUCAUUCAUUUGAAGCGAGAGUCGAGUCCGCGAAUCCACGAUAAUAAUGGCUCCUGUAUCAGUCAAACGCGUGUUAAUCAGUGAAAGUGUCGAUCCCUGCUGUAAAACUGUUCUUCAGGAAAAUGGCAUUGAGGUGACGGAGAAGCAGCAGAUGACUAAAGAAGAGUUGAUCGCAGAGAUUCGGAAUUAUGAUGGUUUAAUAGUCCGAUCAGCGACCAAAGUUACUGCUGAUGUCGUCAAUGCUGGCAGUAGCUUGAAGAUCAUCGGCCGAGCUGGAACAGGAGUCGACAACGUGGAUGUGGAUGCAGCAACCAAGAGAGGCAUCAUUGUCAUGAACACUCCAAGCGGAAACACACUCAGUGCUGCUGAACUCACCUGUGCUCUUUUGAUGAGCUUGUCAAGACAUAUUCCACAAGCUGUCAUAUCAAUGAAGGAUGGAAAAUGGGAUCGUAAAAAGUUUAUGGGUUCAGAGCUGUAUGGAAAAGUUCUUGGCAUUGUGGGACUUGGAAGGAUCGGCAAAGAGGUGGCGACAAGAAUGCAGUCUUUUGGCAUGAAGACCAUAGGUUACGACCCGAUCACUCCUCCAGAGGUGUCUGCGAGCUGGGGUGUGGAGCAGAUGACUCUGGAUCAGUUGUGGCCGCAGUGUGAUUAUAUCACAGUCCACACUCCUCUCAUGCCCUCCACCACAGGUCUGCUCAACGACACCUCAUUUGCGAAGUGUAAGAAAGGUGUGAAGGUGGUGAACUGUGCUCGUGGAGGGAUCAUCGAUGAAGCUGCUCUGCUCCGGGCUCUGGAGUCGGGUCAGUGUGGAGGAGCAGGCCUGGACGUGUUUGUAGAGGAGCCUCCUAGAGAGCGGGCUCUGGUCAACCACCCUAACGUCAUCAGCUGUCCUCAUCUGGGCGCCAGCACUAAAGAAGCACAGGUUCGCUGUGGGAAAGACAUCGCCCUGCAGAUUGUGGACAUGGCCACGGGAAAAGCUUUAGUGGGAGCUGUUAAUGCUCAGGUGUUGGCCAGUACUUUCUCUCCUGACUCUCAGCAGUGGAUUUGUCUGGGAGAGUCUAUGGGCAGAGUGUUGAAGGCCUGCAGCGCUUCCACACAGCCCUGCAGUCAGCUCCACGUCACAUCACUGGGUGAAGCUUUAAAGAAGUCCACUGGGUUUUUAAGCUCAGCAGCUGUUGUUGGUUUGCUCACUGAAGCUCCUCAUAAUGGACCCAACUUGGUGAACGCUCUGCCUCUGGCUGCAGAGACGGGAAUUACCGUGCAGACGGAUCAUAAGGCGUCAGAUGAGCGUGAGGCAUGUGUGAUGGAGGUCUCUGUAAACGGCAGCAGUUAUAAGGCUGUUGGUUCAGUGCAGGCUGGGGUUCCUGUGCUCUUGGAGCUCAAUGGAAGUGUGUUUCGACAGCCUGUUCCUCUGACUGGACACCUGCUGUUCUUCAGGGCCAAUUCCCCCACUGAGUUCCUGUCCUCCAUAACCGGGGUUUUGGCCACUGCAGGUGUGGAGCUGCAGUCCUUCAGUGCCCCUAGCACCAGCAGUGGUGAGAAGUGGUACUGCAUGGGCAUCUCCUCGCUGCUGGCGGACAUUGGGGCCUUGAAGUCCUUAGUAAAAGACGCUGCACAGCUCACCGUCUGAAUACAACAGUGAUCCAGCAGACCUGAUCCGCUUAACAUUCCAGCAUCUAAAGCUCUAGCCGGACUGAGAUCCAUAGCGUACUGUUACUUACCUCAUUCAUAACACUACAAACCUUUAAAUAACAGCGUACUUUAGAAAGAUGAUUUUUAUCUUUUUUUUGUUGUUAUCAGUUUACUAAAUCAACUUUAUUUGUAUUGCAGAAACGUGAAUGUGUGUGAUUAAAAACAAUAACCAUCA